AUGCCCUGCUGUAUUCUAAGGUAUGACGGGGAUGGGGAGGACUGCCCUAUGCUAGCAACGAUUCUCGCCGCGCGGCUGAACGGAUCCGAAGUGGUUGGGGCGACGGGCGACGUCAAUGCCACCGGCCGAGCCUGCCUCGCCGUCUUCCAGCAAGACGGCGACUACAAUGUCUUCUACAGUGUCGUCGCCUCCGCCUCCGACGCCGGCGAGCCGCUCGGCGCUUCGAUAUCGCUCGGCGCGGCGGGAGAGGCGGGCGACGCUUCCGCCCUUUUAGUAGAGGCAGGAAAAACCGUCACGUGGACGAAUCUUACCCGUCCGCCUCCUCCCCCUCCCAAGGGCAAGAAGAACAAGGGAACACCUCCCCCCCCGCCUCCUCCGAAGUACACUUAUGCCACAAACGGGACGUGGCUUACAGCGAGUACAAUGGCCACGAUCGGCGGGCAGACUCUAAAGGUGCUGGUGGAUGCGAUGCUCGCGAAUCCGGAUGGUUACUACGCGUCGUUCGCGACGACUGGUUAUGUCUCGGGCGUGGUCGCAGCGCGUGUCAACGGCUCUAAUGCUGACCUCAGCGGUGACGUCAACGCCACCGGCUGCAUUGACCUCGCCGUCUUUCUCAACGCCACGACCAACGACUACGACAUUUAUUACCACGUCCGCGUGAGUCUGAACGACUCUGGCGAGCCCAUUGGUGUCGUCAUCAAGACCGGCGCUGACGUGGCACUCACCGUGCUCACCAGUGACGCCACGUGGACCAAUUGCACGCUCUCAAACGCCGAGCGCGCCAAGCUGGGCGGCAAACUGACUCCCAAGGGCAGGAAGGGCAAGCAGCCGCCUCCCCCUCCCCCUCCCCUCGGCUAUAACUACGAAACCUCCGGCACUUGGCUAAGCGCCAGUACUUUGACGGCGGAUAACGGGCAGACGUAUAAGGAGUUGGCGGAUGCCAUGCUGGCUGCACCUGACACCUACUCUGCUCUCAUCUACACCAAAACAUUUGAGAAUGGUGUGGCGAGUGGCGCUUUUGCGAAUGUCACCAAGGGUGGUGGUGAAGCCUCUGCCAAAUUGGCAGUUAAAUUAUAUCGGGUUUAUAGACUUGCCCGAAUCAUUAAACAUCACUAG